AUGUGUUCAAAGUACUAUCUGCGCCGAGGUGGUGACGUAUAUCUACGCCGAGGUGGUGACGUAUAUCUGCGCCGAGGUGGUGACGUAUGUCUGCGCCGAGGUGGUGACGUAUCCUCACUGGAUUUCUUCUUCUCCUUUCCCCUUUCUUCUUCUUUUUCUUCUUCUUCUUUCCCAUUUCUUCUUCUUCUUCUACAUCUUCUUCUUUCUUCUUCUUCUUCUUUCUUAUUCUUUCCCCUUUCUUCUUCUUUCCCCUUUCUUCUUCUUCCUCUUUUUCUUCCCCCUUUCUUCUUCUUUUUCUUCUUCUUUCCCCUUUCUUCUUCUUCUUCUUCUCUUACACGUAGUUUUCUAUUUCCUUCCCUUUUACGUAGCUUUCUCUUUAUUGCCUUCUUUUUUUACUUUUUCUUCUUCUCUUUCACGCAACUUUCUCCAUAUUGUUUUCUUCUUCUUCUUUUUCGUUUCUAUGUAGCUUUCUCUAUAAAGCAGAUUUCUUCAUUGUUCCUUCUUCUUCAUUUUCCUUUUUCUAUUCCUUUUUCUUUUACAUUUAGCUUUCAUUAUAUCGUCUUCCUUCUCAUCCUCUUUUACGUAGCUUUCUUUAUAUUACCUUCUUCUUCUUCUUCUUCUUCUUCUUUUUCACAUAAUUUCCUCCUUCUCCUUCUUUUUCUUCUUUUUUCCUUCUUUAUUUUUCUUCUCCACUUUUACGUAACUUUUUCAUAUUUUCUUCUUCAUUUUUUCUUCCAUUUCUCUUUCACGUAA